CGGUCAUUGAUAAGAUCUAUCAUUUUAUCCUGAUCAUCCGAAAUACGUCGUUUUUUUCUUGGUUGUAUGUAAAUGCUAUCAUGGAAAGUGUUGGUAUGAGAGAAGCAUGGCAAGUUUAAUAGCACCUUUUGGAUGAUGAACUUGAACAAAAAGAAGAUACAGUUGAUACUUUUCUUCAGGUCCCUUGAUAUCAAUCAUGGACAAUGGUAUGGAUUCUGAAAAUUUACAAAGUGUGAGCCUACUAUCCGUGGCAAUUUGUUGGCACACAGUGAAUGUCAAUUUGAAUAGAAUAUCAGCUGACUUUAUUUUAUAGGCUUCAUAGUUUUCCAGAAUAUUGGCUGAAAUAGCAUAAUUUUUUUAGUUUUUAAAUUUAGUUUUCAAAACUAUUAGGAUUAUAAUGAAAUUUACCAAUGACAGGUAAGAGAUUCCUUGUUUCAAAUAAUAAUGUUGAUAAAUCACAACCAUAUUUAACAAUAAGCUCUAUAGUUUCUAAUAAUUUAGCAUAAUCAACAUUUGGAAUAAUUUUUUGUAAAAUAGAAACACACAUAUUUAACAAUUCUUGCCAAUGUUUAGAAGCAAGUAGUAUACGCUGCGAUCUUUCUUGAAGCACAUAUUUUCUUAAAAUAUGUAAGUAUAUUUCAUAAUACUCAGAGAAAAUAUGAAGACUUCCAUAUCUCAAUAACUGUAAAGUUGAGUUAACAACAUCUUUUGGUUUUAAAUAAUAAUUUGCUUUUUCUGAUGUUCUGAAUACAAGUGUUGUCACUCUUUCUUUAUCUAACUUUCCAGCAUUACCACUAAGUUUACUGAUUCUGUCAAUUUCCUGUUAAAGACAUAAAUUCAUUAGUUGUAUUAGCAUUGUUCAAAAACGUUUAAAUUUUGAAUAUAGAGCAUAAAAUAAUUAUGAUGUCAAGGAGAUAUUUGAAUUACAUUUAUGAAUAGUUCGUGUACAAUGAUAAAUAUAUCAUUCCAGGAGUAAAAAUCAUAUCUCUCAUUUGGCGUGGGAUCUCUAGAAUAUUCUGUUAUUGGCUGUAGAGUAAUGUCCGAAUUGUCAUCCCAGAAUUCUAAUAAUUGUUUAAUUGCUUUCUGGGAAAAAAAAAUAGGGUAGGUAUAAGAUUAGUUUUAUCCCUAUAAUUUGUACAGCUUAAAACAGCACCUUCAUUACCUUGUAAUCGGUAACUUUCUUGCUUUUUGCCAAAGAGGCGAUCUGUGACAGACGAUCCAUACAAGACAUUUUUGCAUAUGCAAAAACAAUAACACAUGUAAUAAGAGUUAACCUUGACGAUUUUCAUAAUCUGCUUAACAUCGAGUUAGUUUUAACGCUGUCACAACAAAGACAAAAAAAGUUGACUCAUAUACUGCUUUACAAUUACAUCUUGGCGAAUUCGCAAGUUCGUUUUGACGACUGGAAAAAAACACUGUAGAUUUCUUUUAUAGUUUUACCGGCUUUUAGCCACCCCCACUGAAUGUUUUUCCUCGAAAUUUGAAGCAACGUUGCCGCAUUGUUGAGUUGUCACGUGCAUCACUGUGCACUGCGCAUGUGCGCUAUACACGCCACCUGAAAUUAACGCGGGAAAUGUAGAUUAUUAUUUUUACCGGUAAAUUUACGCAAUAUAACGUUGAAUUAAUCUGAUUCGUAUUUUAAAUAACAAACAAAUGUUUAAGCUGUUUGAUGUAAUAAUGUAUAAGCCAAGGAUUCUAUAAGUACGUACGGUUAAUAUUUUGAGUUUUAAAAAUACAUUUGCGUGCGAUCUGUAUAAGUAGCUACCAACCUUAGGAAACGUAAAAUAUAUAAAGCGCGCUCUUUUUACUCUGCGUUGAUGCAAUUAUAGUUAUAUUAACUCCAUAACCUGAAUGUCACAAACAGAGUACCACAAUUGUUAUUGUUAUAUUAUUACAAUAAAUAUAUACAAGAGAUAAUGUCGCCCGACGUAGCGAAAACUACACCAAAUUUACCAUGGGUAGAAAAAUAUCGUCCAAGCAAGUUGGAUGAUCUUAUUUCUCAUGAAGAAAUAAUCCAAACUAUUAACAAGUUCAUUGAUGAGAAUCAAUUACCACAUUUACUAUUGUAUGGUCCACCAGGUACUGGUAAAACCAGUACAAUUCUUGCAUGUGCAAAAAAAUUAUAUACACCUCAACAAUUUAAUUCUAUGGUUUUAGAGUUGAAUGCUUCAGAUGACAGAGGAAUUGGUAUUGUUAGAGGACAAAUAUUAAGCUUUGCCAGUACAGGAACCAUGUAUCGAUCAGGAUACAAAUUAAUUAUUCUUGAUGAAGCUGAUGCCAUGACCAACGAUGCACAAAAUGCUCUUAGGAGAAUUAUUGAAAAGUAUACAGAUAACGUAAGGUUUUGCAUUAUUUGCAACUACUUGAGUAAAAUUAUUCCUGCACUUCAAUCCCGUUGUACAAAAUUUAGAUUUGGACCUCUUGCCCCCGAACAAAUUCUGCCACGUUUAGAGCACGUUAUCACAGAAGAGAAUGUAACUGUGACAGAAGAUGGCAAAAAAGCAUUGAUGACCUUAAGCGGAGGAGAUAUGAGAAAAGUAAUCAAUGUAUUACAAAGUACAUGGUUGGCUUUUGGAUGCGUAAACGAAGAAAAUGUCUAUACUUGCGUUGGGCAUCCUUUGCCAGUUGAUAUAAAAAAUAUUAUUAAUUGGUUGCUAAAUGAAAGUUACGAAGCUGCUUAUAACAAAGUUCAAGAUUUGAAAACCAAAAAAGGGCUGGCUCUACAGGAUAUCUUGACAGAAAUUCAAGUGUUAGUUAAUAAUAUUGAAUUCCCGGAUGAAGUAUUGAUUGACCUUGUAAUAAAAAUGGCUGAAAUUGAAAAACGCGUUAUCAGUGGUUGUAAUGAAGCUGUUCAAUUGAAUUCUCUUGUAUCUGCUUUCCAAAAGCCUCGGGAAAUAGAUGUAUCAUCAUAAUUUACAUUUAGAUAGAUUUGAAUGUUAAUUAUUAAGUUUUGUUCCAAAAAUAUUUUUUAAUAAAAAAGAUGUACAGAAA